CCCAAGGUGGAUAGAAUUUGAACUCUAUUAUGCCACCCAACCAAACACGGCCUUUUACACCAAAUCUAACCCAAGAUCGCUUCCAAGUUUCAACCUGAUAAGUACCGUUUAAAAUUGGUAAAAAGGAGACUGUUUGAUUGCCAACCCAAUCAAAACUGUCGUUUUUGACAACUCUGGUCUCUCUCUCUCUCUCUCUCUCUCUUAAAAUCUCUCAACCCCAAAUCUCGCAACCCCGCCCUUCCCUUCCCUUCCCUUCCUCCACCCUCCUUUCUCUCUCUAUAAUUCCUUCCAUAUCAGGACCAUUCGUAUGAUUUCUUCUUCCAAUAAUAAUACAUAAGAACACAUAUAAACUUCAAUAUCAACAGAGAGAGAGAGAGAGAGAGAGAGAGAGAGAGAGAGAGAGAGAGAGAGAGAGAGAGAGAGAGAGAUUGGAUUAGAUAGAUGGCGUCGUACAGAGCAGACGACGACUACGAUUACUUAUUCAAGGUGGUUCUGAUCGGUGACUCGGGCGUGGGAAAAUCGAAUCUGCUGUCUAGGUUUACGAGGAACGAGUUCAGCCUCGAGUCGAAGUCCACAAUCGGCGUUGAAUUCGCUACUCGGAGUAUCCGCGUCCAUGACAAGGUCGUCAAGGCCCAGAUUUGGGACACCGCUGGCCAAGAGAGGUAUCGUGCAAUCACUAGUGCAUACUAUCGUGGAGCUGUUGGCGCAUUGCUUGUCUACGACGUCACCCGCCAUGUUACGUUUGAGAAUGUUGAGAGAUGGUUAAAAGAGCUCCGCAAUCACACGGACUCCAACAUUGUGAUAAUGCUCGUAGGGAACAAGGCAGACUUGCGUCAUUUGCGUGCUGUGUCAACUGAAGAUGCAAAGGCCUUCGCGGAGAGAGAGAACACUUUUUUUAUGGAGACGUCCGCCCUUGAGUCGCUGAAUGUUGAGAAUGCCUUCACUGAAGCGCUUGCGCAAAUACAUCACGUUGUCAGCAGGAAAGCACUUGAUAUCGGGAAUGACCCUGCAGCCUUGCCUAAAGGGCAAACCAUUAACGUGGGAAACAAGGAUGAUGUCUCAGCUGUGAAAAGCGUUGGUUGCUGCUCUGCCUAGUCGAGGGAGUAGGGUUGUGUUUGGAUCAGGGACUUGUGGUGGGAAUUGAAAAAAUAUGAGUAUAGUGAAGAAGCUAGAUUAUUUAGUUCUUUCAUUUUGUGAUAAGUCCGUCCUCAAAUAUAUGAUACAAACACAUCCUAAAGAAUUUACAGGGUGGUAGAAAAACUUUGUUCCUUAGAGUAAAGAACAGCUAUCAGGUUCUUCAUUUCUCUCUUUCUCGGAUGAUGCGUUCUUUGCACAGCUUCAGAGUGUGUGAUUGUGGAGCUUUGUUGGUGAUUAGUUCGUGUCUACAAAGAGAAGCAGCAUGCAGAUUCUCCGUUUUAUGUUACUUGUGCUGUUUUCCAUCUGUAUCUUUUCAUUGUUAUUCCUGUAGUUAGUAUGGUAUCUGGUUGUGCCUUCUUUUCAGUGUCUAGAGGACAAGUUUUUGGAUCUUUGAUGAUUGAUCAGGUGUAAUAUAACUUAAUUGUUUCUCAAA